ACGGAUUUGAGCGCCAUUUACGACUUUAUUGACAGUAACAACCAAAAACAUUUGAAUUUGAUGUUGUAAUCAACAGUAAAACAAAAUGCACAUUUUGUCAAUGGUCGUCGAUGGCUUCAAGUCAUACGCCCAACGAACGGAAAUAAAUGGAUUUGAUCCAUUAUUCAACGCUAUUACAGGUUUGAAUGGAAGUGGAAAGUCAAACAUCCUCGAUGCUAUUUGUUUUCUACUCGGCAUAACCAACCUUUCGCACGUACGUGCUGGCAACUUACAAGAUUUGGUGUACAAAAGUGGUCAAGCUGGUGUCAUCAAGGCAACUGUCAGCAUAACAUUUGACAACAACGACAAGAAACAGAGCCCUUUGGGAUAUGAACAGUAUGACGAGAUCACAGUCACACGACAGGUAGCAUCAUUUCUGCGUAACAAGUACCUCAUCAAUGGAAGCAAUGCCAACAAUGCUCGGGUCCAGGAUCUCUUCAGAUCUGUCCAGCUCAAUGUCAACAAUCCACAUUUCCUCAUCAUGCAGGGGAGGAUUACCAAGGUCCUCAACAUGAAACCACCGGAGAUCCUGUCAAUGAUUGAAGAGGCUGCAGGUACCAGACUUUAUGAGACAAAGAAAGAAUCUGCUCAGAAGACAAUUGAGAAGAAAGAUGCCAAGCUUAGAGAAAUUGAUGCUGUGUUGAAAGAGGACAUAACUCCCACGCUGGCAAAACUGAAAGAUGAAAGGUCGUCUUACCUGGAGUACCAGAAGAUUGUCAGAGAAUUAGAGCAUCUCAACAAGCUGUACAUUGCAUACCAGUUUGUGUGUGCUGAGGUAGGAAAAACAUUCUCCGAAAUCACUGAGCCUGAAACUGUCUUGACGUUUCAUUUUCAGAUUGAGAACAAAGUUAAGGAAUUGGAUAAAGAAAUUGCAGAGCUGGAAAAGAAGAGAGAUGAGGAGUCUGGUCAUGUGAUGGAGAAGUUGGAGGGAAAACUAGCUGAGAGGAAAAACUGGGACGCCCUGGCUCAGAGCUCUGUCGACAACAAGAAGGAAUCAAUCAAGGCUGAACAGAAGAAGAAGAAAGAACUCAACAAGAACUCUGAGGAUAACAAGAAGGCAUUGGCAGCCCGAGACAAGGACCUGGACAAACUGAACAAAGACCUGGACAAGUUGAAGGAGCAGAGUGAGACGGAUCAGGAAGCUCAUGUAGCUGCCCAGAAACACUUCCACGCUGUCAGCGCUGGUCUCUCCAGCAACACGGACGGAGAGGAUGCCACUCUGAAUGACCAACUCAUGACUGCAAAGAGUGAAAUUAGUACAGCCGAAACAGAGACUAAACAAGCCCAGAUGAAGCUGAAGCACGCUCAGCAGGAGGUGAAGAAGAAGCAGGGAGAGCUGAAGAAGACGGAGCAGGGGUACAAGAAGGACCAGGCAGCCUACGAGGCCGUGCAGCAGAGCAUGAAAAAGAUACAGGCAGAGAUGAAGAAGCUGGGAUUUGAGGAGGGUCGGGAUGAGAAACUGUUGGGAGAGAGGAGAACUCUCAGUCAGGAUGUACAGAGACUGCAGGACAAGAUGGAGACGCUGGAAGCCAGAUUUCCACAGCUCAACUUCCAGUAUACAGACCCCGAGAAGAACUUUAACCGCCAGAAGGUGCACGGCUUGGUGUGCAAACUGGUGAAGGUGAAGGAAGUGCGCACAGCCACAGCCCUGGAGGUUGCUGCUGGGUCAAGGCUGUACAAUGUAGUGGUCGAUACAGAGGUCACAGGUAAGAAGCUGCUACAGAAGGGGGAACUACGACGUCGGUACACGAUCAUCCCUCUCAACAAGAUCUCUGCCCGCAGUAUCGAUAAUGCCACAGUCAAGAGAGCACAAGACCUGGUUGGUAAAGACAAUGUGAACACGGCCCUGUCUCUCAUUGGCUAUGAGAAGGACCUGGAGGCAGCCAUGCAGUAUGUGUUUGGCUCAGCCUUUGUGUGUGAGGACAUGAACACUGCCAAGAAGGUGACAUUUGAUGAAAGAGUGAUGAAGAAGUCUGUCACACUGGAGGGAGACUCGUUUGACCCUGCUGGUACCCUGACAGGAGGGGCCCGGGCACAGACCAGCUCCAUCUUGGAGAAACUGCAGGAGGUGAUGGAGGUGGAUGAACAGCUGCGCAGCAAGAGAGACCAGCUGCAGAAGGUCGAGAAGGAGCUGGCUGCUAUCAAGUCCACCUCUGAGAAGUUCACCCAACUAAAACAGCAGUAUGAGUUGAAGAACCAUGAAUCAGAGCUUGUGAAGGCUCGGCUAGAACAGAGCACCCAUCACCAACAGCUGGAGGAGAUCUCCAGUCUCAGUAACUCCAUUGAGGAGCAGGAGGGAAUCCUGAAGAGGGCGGAGGAGAUACAGAGCAAGGCUGCCAAGAAGGUGAAGGAUCUCCAGGACAAGAUCAAGAAUGCCAAGGCCAUCCGGGAGAAGGAGCUGAAGGAGGCUGAGGACAGCGUCAACAAGCUCAAGAAGAAGAUGCAGGAGUCCAGCAAGAAGACCAAGGAGAAGCUAGUGGAGGUGGAUAGCAUCAAGCUGGAGGCGGAAGAGUUGAGGAAGGAGAUUGUCAACUAUGACGAACAGCUGAAGUCUGUGGACACCAACACUACUGAUCUGGAUGAACAGGUGAAACAACUGCAGGAGAAGCUGAAGGAGACAAAGGCUGCGGUGAAGGAGGCCCAGGAUGAGGUGAGCCAGCAGAAGGAGCUGCUCAAGUCCUGCAACAAGGGCAUCAACAGCAAGGUGGCUGCUCAGAGGGAGCUGCAGAAGGAGAACAACAGUGCCCAGCUCAAGAUCCAGGAAAUGGAACACAAGAUUACUAAACACCAUAAAGACUCCAGAGAUGCUGUGAAGCAGGUUGAAGCUAUGAUAAUGAAGUAUGACUGGAUAGCUGAUGAAAAGAAGUACUUUGGUCAGCCAAACACAGCCUAUGACUUUGAGACGAACAAUCCCAAAGAAGCAGAACGCAGGAUCCAGAAACUGCAGGAGACCAAGGACAAACUCUCCAAGAACGUUAACAUGCGUGCCAUGAAUAUGUUGGGCAAGGCAGAGGAACAGUACAAUGACCUAAUGAAGAAGAGGAAGAUUGUCCUUAACGACAAAGCCAAAAUUGCAGCAGUCAUCAAUGAAUUGGAUGAAAAGAAAAAUGAAGCUUUGAAGAAAGCAUGGGAGCAGGUCAACAAGGACUUUGGCUCCAUCUUUUCAACCCUUCUUCCUGGAACACAGGCCAAACUCUCACCCCCAGAAGGGCAGACUGUCCUUGAUGGUCUGGAGGUCAAGGUUGCAUUUGGUGAUGUGUGGAAAGAGUCAUUAGGUGAACUUAGUGGAGGUCAAAGGUCAUUGGUAGCCCUGUCCCUCAUCUUGUCAAUGCUGCUGUUUAAACCUGCACCUAUCUACAUUCUUGAUGAAGUUGAUGCAGCUCUUGAUCUGUCACAUACUCAGAACAUCGGCCAGAUGAUCAAGUCUCACUUCAAACACUCUCAGUUCAUUGUCGUCUCCCUCAAGGACGGCAUGUUCAACAAUGCUAAUGUACUGUACAAGACAAAGUUUGUUGAUGGAGUUUCCACAGUGACCCGACAUGUACAGCAUACCUCAUCGCGAUCCACCACAUCGGGCAGCACUGACAAGGAAAACGAGAAAACAGGAGGCAAGAAAAGGGCUACAUCAAAGCGUACAAGGAUAGAAGAUACUCCAGGCUUUUAGAAACACAUUUCAUGGGGAAAGAUAACUUGUUGUUUAUGUACAAGUGCUAAUUGUAUAGAACAGUUACCAUUAAUCUGACAAUGUGGAUGUUUCUGGUAACAUGUUACCAUUAUGUUGAAAACUGAAACAUUUUAUUGCACUUGAAAAUGUCUUGCUAUAGAUACUUUUAUAUUGGAUGAAGUAAAUGAAUUUUUGCACCAUCAAAUAGUUAAGGCUGGCUUCAUGUAAUUUAAUUUUUUUCUCAUUUGACUUUAAUCAUGCAACAAUGAUAUCAUAUGAAAACAAGUCAUAUUUGACUGUUUUCUUAUCAGAUUUUUACUCAGAUCCAUUUUCUUAGAUUGAUUUUGAAGUGUAAAUACCAAAACAUUUAAAAUAACACAUAUGACUUUUUAUUUAUGUAGUUGAACAGUUUAAAACUUAUUAUGCCACAGAUUGGGAGGUGUUAAAUGAAGUGACGGUCUCAAUUUGUCUGUUGCUGCAUUGACUGGAACAUCAAGAAAUUUAGGAAAUUCAGUCAGUACAUGUUUGCUUUUAAAAGAGUUUUAAAGGGGUUGUACCUGCAGGGGUAACUGGAGAAGUAUGAAGAGUGAGAUCUCCGUCACAGUGCAUCUGUCAUACUGGAGUAACGUUGGUUAGCUGCAGUCAUAGAUCUGACAGUAUUUUGUCUAUUUGUGUUCCCUGUGAAGCAUGUCAUCAGUCAUACCACUUGUAUAUAGAAUCUUAUCUGUGACCUCUUUCUCGAGUUCUGCCUGAUCUGUGUCUAUCACUUACAUCACUCCUAUAUAUAUCGUCACUCAAGUCCUUGUAUUUUACACUGAUUCAGCUUGGAUGCUGUGCAUGUAAUCAAGACAAUUCAUCAUCAAGAUAUCCAUUUCAUGUAACUUAUAGAUCUGUUUGAGUCAUUACAUCAAGUAUUUGUGGAGUCAAUGUUAUCUGUAUAGGGAUUUUGUCAAAACAAAAAUGAAACAUACAUUCAGUGUAGGAAAUAAAUAAUGAAAUGGUACCUA